CGUACGGAAGCCGACAAGUAUAUUUUAUGACUGAGGAGUGUCUAUUUUUUGUGGGAGCGUAGAGUGGAAAACCUCGACCCCGUUGUGCUUCCUUGACCGCUGCUAUGAACAGCCGCAGUCAGACGCAUAUCAACAAGCUUGACUAGAAGCUAUUUUAGAAAGUGAUCACAUUAACUAGGUCUAGACGCCGAUUAUUCUCCAUUCUGUGAACUACAGCUAGCUACUAUGCUAGGCAACCUUAUGGCAAUGGAAAAAGCACUAACCAGCUAGCUAGUCAAAUACUCAUCUGUCAACAACUGUGCUGCGUCAGGACUGUUUAGCCUCAGGAUGCGUUACAACGAGAAGGAGCUUGUGUCGUUAAGCCGACAACCUUCAGAAAGAGCAGCAGAGUUGGGGAUGCGAGGACCGAAGAAAGGAGAUGUUGUAAAGAGAAGACUGGUGAAGCUGGUGGUCAAUUUUCUCUUCUACUUCCGUACCGAUGAGGAAGAGCCUCUGGGAGCCCUGCUUCUGGAACAAUGUCGUGUGGAAAGAGAGGACAGUCAAGCCUUUUCUAUUGUCUUCCUAGACGAGGCAGAGAGGAAGUACCUGUUUGAGUGUGACUCCCAGGAACAGUGUCAGGAAUGGGUAGACUCCAUCAUCCAGGCCAGUUACGAGUUCAUGAGGAAGAACCUGAUCUUCUACCGCACAGAAAUCCACCGUCUGACCGGCAAGGAUCCCCUGGAGCAGUAUGGGAUAUCGGACGACACUCGCUUCCAGGUCAGCAGUCAUCAACAGCUCAUGCUUAAAGACACUUAAAGAUGGAGGUCAGCCAGCUUGCUCCUUCACCUCAGCCUGCCCUGCCCCCCCCCCCCCCCCCCCCCCCCCCCACCUGCCAGCCGGCCUGGUCCCAGUCUCAUUACUCUGGGCAGCUAUUUCCACCAGCUUCACCCAGAUGCAAUUGUCUGGAUCAACCUGAAGGCCUCACUUGUCCUCGCUUCCCUCAAACGACCCAUGGUCAGGCUGCUCACUCAUCUCACCAACCUCCUUCCUCAGAUUUCCUCUCCCUCACUUUCUUUUCCCCACACACCCAUGUCCUGCUUCAGGAAGCAUCUCGUAGGCUCCGUGUCAGCCUUACCUGCCUAGCGACCUCUAUGGUUCUGUAGCUCUCAACUUUCAGCAUUUCACCAAGGCAGAAUCUCUCUAACAUGCGUCUGUUUUAUUGUUGUUGUUUGAGUUGUGGUCAGUAGUUUGUUGUUAGGGUAUACUACAAAUUCUCUCUCGCUCUUUCUACCCUAUACUUUCUCUCGACCCUCUCCUGUAAUUUCAUACCUGGGUUUAUCUGGGUUAUGUACUGUAAACCAGGACCUAUAACUAAAAACAUGUUGUUUUAUAUUAGUCUCUACUCAGACAUGCUGUAUUCUGGACAAUGUGACAACUAUGUUAACUAAGUGUCAUCGUUCAAAGGGCUGGGGAGCCGAAGGUUGUUUUGCCACAGCAAUAACAUUUAUCCUUAUACUUGAUCCAUCUUUUAAACAGAUCUGAUCCUUUUUUAGUUUUGUGUGCGGUUCUGGAAUCUGUUGUAAGCUGUUUGGACUGUGAGCCGAUGACUGGGAUGUGAUAGCUGAGGUCAGUGCCUACUCAGAGAAGGGGCUUGUAUGCCAACCCUUUUUCAGUCAAUACCACUUCCUGUCUUGAAUCUCAUUUCCUGUAAAUGGUUUGUUGAGACACUUUUUCUGAAUCAAGUUGUCCCUAAACAACCAUUUAACAACUCUUGUUUAGUUCGAAAAACAUGUCAGCGGUUCUUUAAAUUAGUGCAAUCCCCAGACCAUGUUGUUGAUAUAGUAACUAUAUUAUAAUUGUGGCACUUGAUAGUGGUUUGUUAGUAGCAACUAAUUUAUCGUAAAUUAAGUAUGUACAAACGGCCAAAUUACAUGGUCAACCAAUUCACUCAUUACUACCUAUCAAAUGAUGAGGGUGAUUAGCAUUUUGAACUAUAGGUUAUGUCAUGUAGCACUUAGAUUUUUAAUGAGAGAUGAGCAGAAUCGAUAUUGAAAGCAGCAAUAACGUCCUUUCCUCUGUCUUUUUCAUUUGAGCCUAUGCUUUUCUCAGUCCUGUAACUCUGGGUUCUACAACACUGUAACAAAGGAUGACUUUGAUUUUAAGUCUUCAGAAUGUUUCUUCAGCGGAUUAUUAGUUAAACAACGCUUAUACGUUGAAUGUUUCUCUUUGAGUUUUAUUUUUGUAUUAUAUUAUGAUAUUGGCACAUCAAGUGUUUCAUUUGAAUAAACUUCUUACUUCAAGUAGGAAUACGUACAUUUCACUGUCAUGCAAUGUUAUCAAGUCUGUGAAUCCUGUCAAAUUUUUACUUUUGAUUUCCAAUAAAAGAAAGAGAUGAACAUCAA